GAUAAAAGGUGUAUGUUUGACCUGGGGACAGAUCAAGCAGCUCUUUCAUCAGCUACAGAACUACUUGAAGCACCAGGACGCACUAAUGGGGCAGUUUGCAUCCAAACGUAACCUGGCCCAGAGUGUGCACUUUUCCUCCAAUGAGGAAGGACCUCCCAGGUAUUCUUCACACCACUUUAACGGCGGCACCGUAAAUGGAGGCAAUGGGAUCCGGAUCCCUCCCACCAUCAUCGUCUCUGAUGAGGAGUCCAGUACAUCAGAGCGUCGCGGCUCCAGGGCAGAGCUGCGCAGGUCCUCCGUCUACAGCACCAUGGACCUGGUGCCCCAGCUGGAGAAUUAUGCCAAUUCUUUGCCACGUCAGAUGACAAAAAGCAGGCCGUCUCUUGAAACCCUGCGCAAAACAUUUGAGGUUGUGGAGAUGGAUGGAGCGUCCGCCUCUGACUCAGGCAGCCUGCCGGCACCAGAUAUGGAAAACGAAGAGUCUGAAGGUCCUCAGGGCAAAGCUCCAGUCAGAUUUGGCUGGAUAGUCGGCGUCAUGGUCCGCUGCAUGCUGAAUAUCUGGGGUGUUAUCUUGUUCCUGCGUCUCUCUUGGAUCACGUCUCAGGCAGGCAUUCUGUUGACUUGUGUAAUUAUCCUGAUGUCCGUGGUGGUGACGUCUGUGACUGCACUGUCCAUCUCUGCUAUUGCCACCAAUGGGAGGGUGGUAUCAGGCGGCGCAUAUUUCAUGAUCUCCCGUACGCUGGGUCCUGAAAUCGGAGGACCAAUUGGAAUGGUGUUCUCCUUUGCAAACGCGCUGGCCUGUGCGCUCAACACUGUUGGUUUUGCAGAGGUGGUUCGUGAUUUGAUGCACGACUUUGGUGCCGUCAUGGUGGAUUCAGUCAAUGACGUCCGCAUUGUGGGGGUAGUCACAGUCACAAUUCUUCUUAUGAUUUCUCUGGCUGGAAUGGAGUGGGAGUCCAAGACCCAGAUUUUGUUCUUCUUAGUGCUUUUGGUGUCCUUCGCAAACUACUUUAUUGGCACCGUAAUCCCUCCAACUGUUGAUAAGCAAGCUGUCGGCAUUUUCGGAUACCGGGGCGAUAUUUUUAUCGAGAACCUCACACCAAACUGGCGAGGUUCUGAAGGCAGUUUUUUCCAGAUGUUUGCCAUUUUCUUUCCUGCUGCCAUUGGUAUUCUGUCUGGGGCCAACAUCUCUGGAGAUCUAAAGGACCCUGCAAUAGCUAUCCCAAAAGGAACAUUGAUGGCUAUUUUUUGGACAACAAUCAGCUACCUGGGGAUAACAGUAACUGUCGGCUCAUGUGUAGUGCGGGAUGCCUCUGGGAAUAAAAGUCACAUCGUGACAGGAAACAACACGGAUGGUUGCGUGGGACUGGCGUGUAACUUGGGUUGGAACUUCACAGCCUGCAGCCAGUCGCAGACUUGUCGAUUUGGACUCGCCAACAGCGUCAAGGUUCUAGGGCAAGUCUCCGGUUUCUACUACCUCAUCACUGCGGGUGUCUUUGCUGCCAGUUUAUCUUCUGCUCUGGGUUUUCUUGUCUCUGCACCCAAAAUCUUUCAGUGUCUGUGCAAGGACCAAAUAUACCCGUACAUCAUUUUUUUCGCGAAAGGUUAUGGGAAAAACAACGAGCCACUUCGAGCUUACGUACUCUGCUACGUCAUUGCUAUAGCCUUCAUCCUUAUUGCGGAGCUUAACAUCAUUGCUGCUCUCAUCUCUAAUUUCUUCCUUUGCUCCUACUGCUUGAUUAACUUCAGUUGUUUUCAUGCGUCUAUCACCAAUUCCCCUGGCUGGAGGCCGUCCUUCCAGUACUACAGCAAAUGGACGGCACUGUUUGGAUCAGUCAUAUCUGUGGUGCUGAUGUUCCUGUUCACCUGGUGGGCCGCUCUGGUCACAUUCUGCAUCAUCAUCUUCCUCUUUGGAUACGUCAACUACAACAAACCGAAGGUAAACUGGGGUUCGUCGGUGCAGGCAGGCACAUACAACAUGGCUUUAUCUUACUCCGUCUCUCUGACCGGAGUGGAGGAUCAUGUGAAGAAUUUCAGGCCCCAAUGUCUCGUCCUGACUGGCCCUCCAAACCAGCGGCCUGCACUGGUGGACUUCGUUGGCUCUUUCACGAAGCACGUCAGCCUCAUGAUCUGUGGUGAUAUAAUACUGGAGCAGGACAGGAAGACACGGCCUCAGGACACCACAAACUACCUGGUUAAGUGGAUGAACAAGAGAAAGGUGCGGUCGUUCUACACUCCUCUCACUGCUGACAACUUAAGGGCUGGAGCUAAGCAGAUGCUACAGGCGUCCGGUCUUGGUAAACUGAAACCCAACACUCUGGUUCUGGGCUUCAAGACGAACUGGAGGGACAGCGCUCCGGAAAGCAUCGAGGAUUACAUCAGCACCAUUUAUGACGCAUUUGACUCCAACUACGGUUUGUGCAUCUUGAGAAUGAUGGAUGGACUGGAUAUCUCUGAUGAUUUAGAAUUUGAAGUCAACCAGGGCUUUGAGGCCGAUGAAAAUGUGGACAAUCCGGACCAGCAAACCAACGAAGAGGAAACGGCUGAUGACAUGUCUGACGAAGGCAGCAGCGAUCAGAUGAAGACCGUGUUUCAAAACAACCAGGGAAAGAAAACCAUCGAUGUCUACUGGAUAGCAGACGAUGGAGGUCUGACUCUACUGGUGCCCUACCUGAUCACCAGGAGGAAACGCUGGCGCCGAUGCAAGGUCCGGGUUUUCAUUGUGGGCGACGAACAAAACAUGGAGGAGAGUCGCGACCAGAUGAUGGCUCUGCUGAAGAGGUUUCGUUUGGACGUUAGUGAUGUUAUAGUCAUGACAGAUAUUGAGAAACACCCUCAUCCAAAAAGCUUGAGCAGAUUUGUGGACAGUGUCGCCCCCUUCAGGCUGCACGAUGAGCAGCAGGAAGGCAUCUCUGUACAGGAGCUGAGACAAAGCACUCCGUGGAAGAUGUCUGACAAACAAUUUGAAGCCUUUAAGCUGAAGUCUGAGAGAAAGGUGAGGCUGAAUGUCAUUCGGAAGAAUUCCCACCACACCGCUCUUGUUCUAGUGAGCCUUCCAGUUCCUCAAAGCGAUUGCCGCGCUUUGUACAUGGCCUGGCUGGACACUCUGUCGCGUGGCCUUCACUGUCCCGCCGUGUUGAUACGAGGAAACCAACAGAACGUCCUCACGUUCUACUGCCAGUAAAACUAGCGGUGCACCCAUCCACUUUUUCCACUUCCGAUAUUGAUAUCUGAGGUUUAGCAUU